UAGCGUCGAGUACAAUCAGAGUAAAAAAAAACAGUAGUGGACCAAAUCUGGCAUCGUAUUUGCCCCUCUGAGAUUCUUCCGUCGGUUGUGUUGGGAUUGUAGCUAAAUCCUCCAAUAUAUACGAGUUGUUUACUUUGACGCACGGUGGUCUAGUUUAUUCGCAAGAAAGCCCACUCGGAGGAAUCAGAACCGCGCGUUUCUUAUCAUUCCGUCAUUCUCUUGGACGCUUGUCGGUGACUGUCCAUUGCAGGCUGGGCGGUGACAGCAUUACAAUGAUCGAACGACCAGAAACUGCAGUUCCCAGCAUUGCUCAGCGGAACCUGGAGGGCUAUGUGGGAUUUGCUAAUCUUCCCAACCAGGUGUAUCGGAAGUCCGUUAAAAGAGGCUUUGAGUUUACAUUAAUGGUUGUCGGUGAGUCAGGUCUUGGGAAAUCAACACUUAUUAACUCCCUCUUUUUGACUGAUCUUUACUCCAAGGACUACCCUGGGCCAUCACAGCGCAUUAAGAAGACUGUACAGGUAGAGCAGUCAAAGGUGCUCAUAAAAGAAGGGGGGGUCCAGUUGACUCUCACAAUUGUUGAUACACCAGGAUUUGGAGAUGCCGUAGACAACAGUAACUGCUGGCAGCCCGUCAUCAAUUAUAUUGACAGUAAGUGUGAGGACUUCCUGAAUGCAGAAUCAAGGGUGAACCGCAGAUCAAUGCCAGACAACAGGGUCCAUUGCUGUCUAUACUUCAUUGCGCCCUCUGGACACGGAUUAAAGCCACUUGACAUCGAGUUUAUGAAGAGACUCCAUGACAAAGUCAAUGUCAUUCCUCUGAUUGCAAAAGCUGACACUCUGACCCCAGAGGAAUGCCAGCUUUUUAAGAAACAGAUAAUGAAAGAGAUCCAGGAGCACAAAAUCAAAAUUUAUGAAUUCCCAGAUACAGACGAUGAUGAGGACAACAAGCUGAUCCGGAAGAUCAAGGAGAAGAUGCCGCUGGCUGUGGUUGGCAGCAACGUGGUAAUCGAAGUGAAUGGGAAGAAGGUCAGAGGUCGCCAGUACCCGUGGGGCGUGGCAGAAGUGGAGAAUGGGGAACACUGUGACUUUACUGUGUUGCGCAACAUGUUAAUCAGGACCCACAUGCAGGAUCUGAAGGAUGUCACCAACAACGUUCACUAUGAAAAUUACCGCAGUAAGAAACUUGCAGCUGUCACCUGUAAUGGAGUGGACAACACCAAGACCAAGGGACAACUUACCAAGAGUCCCUUGGCACAGAUGGAAGAAGAGCGGAGGGAACAUGUGAUGAAAAUGAAGAAGAUGGAGGCAGAAAUGGAACAAGUCUUUGAAAUGAAGGUUAAGGAGAAGAAGCAGAAACUGAAGGAUUCGGAGGCUGAGCUCGAGCGACGUCACGAACAAAUGAAAAGGAACCUGGAGGCACAGUACAAAGAGCUAGAGGAGAAGAGGCGAGUGUAUGAAGAUGAGAAGGCCAACUGGGAGGCUCACCAGAGAAUCAUUGAGCAGCAGAAAUUGGAUGCCUCUAAGACAAUGGAGAAGAACAAGAAGAAAGGAAAAAUCUUUUGAAGGAGUGAUUUUGCUCCUCUUAAGUACCAGCUGUGGCCCUAAAAUCCUUCUUUUUUUGCUCACUCUUCCACACUUGCUCUCUCAUACACACACACACACACACACACACACACACACACACACACACACAGACAGAGUUACUAAUAUAACAUGGUAUUGUUUUUUUGGCAUUUCAGAUGUGACAUGGCAUAUACACAGCCAUGCAAAAUGUUUCAUGAUGAACACCUGUGAUUUUAUUGGCGAAUUCACGUGUAUGUAACAUUGUGUUCCUCUUUAUUUGUCUUGACAAAGAGGAGCUAAUCCCGAGUUCCUCUGAGCUACAGUCUUAGCGUUAACUCAUGGUGGGGACCAUGCAUUUAUAAACGUUUUUAGUGCUAGUCCUUUGAGCUCUAGAUAUUCUUAGAUUCCACUGUCCUACACUCCUUGUAUUCAAAUAGACUCCAUAGUACUAAAUAAUUUUGCAAAUAUGUUGGGAGAACACUUGGUGUAUGUAAAAUGCUUAAAAAUGCUUUUUUUUUUUUUUUUUUUAUACAGUUUGCACAACGAAUGAGAAGGAACCAUUUUCUUCUAUUCAGAAAUAAACACCUAAAAUUUAGCAUCUUAAUCGGGAAUAAUAAAUGUAAUUUUGCAUUAAGAAGUACGACAGCUGAGGAGCCUACUAGUGUAAAACAGAACACUGGUGAUUUGCGAUGCUAUUAAUUUUAGGCGGCUUUCGAACUGUACUGGUGUGGUCUAAUAAAUUUGUUAAGCGCUACAAGUCAUGUUAACUGACUCAGGGGACUGCUACAAAAUUGAGGUUGGAAAUAAGACCCAGUCAAAAACUAGGCAUUGCACUGAAGCCAAUAACAUCUCAAAACACAUGGCUGAAGUAGUGUCGUCUCAUAGAAGCGAACUCAUCGAUAGAGCUGACACCAUGAGGGUCUCAACAUGCCAUCAAUUUGAGACUCUCGGUAGGUGUCAUGCUUCUUUUUCGAGUUACCUCAGGUCGUUACCAGUCAGCAAACAGACAUUGUGCUCAUAACACCAAAUGUUGAUUCUUGUUGAUUGGUGAACACUAUUAAAGGUGCAGACUGUUUGUGAAGAAAAAAAUGCCAAUUACUCACCACCCACUCAUGACAUUUUACAUGAUUAGGUCUGAAGGGAAUCAGGAUUCAGUGUGUUUUAGUUCUCUGUGUGUUUUAAGGUCUAUACAGCUCAAAGUGGGACGGGAGGGAUUUGUAACCACAAAGUUGUCCUUGCAGUGUUUCUGGGUUGAAAAUAAGAUAUUAUGCAAACGCCUCAUUGGUGUCUAUAUAUAUAUAUAUAUAUAUAUAUAUAUAUAUAUAUAUAUAUAUAUAUAUAUAUAUAUAUAUAUAUAUAUAUAUAUAUAUAUAUAUAUAUAUAUAUAUAUAUAUAUAUAUAUAUAUAUAUAUAUAUAUAUAUAUAUAUAUAUAUAUAUAUAUAUAUAUAUAUAUAUAUAUAUAUAUAUAUAUAUAUAUAUAUAUAUAUGGAGUUUUCCAGAUUACAGUCAUUACUAGAAAAAAAAAGUUUUAUAUUGUGAUGUAACAAGUGAUGAGUGUUGUCAAGGAUUUGAACCAGAUUAUGGCAGAUGUUUUCACUUGUGAUAAAAGAAUAGAAGUGAACAAGAAAAAAGAGAUUCCCUUAACAUUUCCUUCACCCUGUACUCCAAAGUGAAAACAAGUGUUUUAGAGACAUCUAAAAUAGCCUUAUCUCAGAUAUUACUGUAAUAUAGUAUCAAAAUGCUUCCACAAAACCAACAAAGCUUGCUUGUCAAAUAGAAUAUUGUAUGUUCAGGCCAGAAGAGGAAUGCUUUGAACCUUUACUAUUUCUUACCCAGAUUUGUCAUGUUUUAUUUUCUUAUGACAGUAUAAUGCGUGAGGAAAAAGGACGGCUCCCGUAUAGUUUUCUUAACAUUUAUAUGAAUCCAGUAUCUUUCUAUAUUUUUCCAUGCUGCAUGGAGUGUUCUUGGUGGAUUAACAGCAGAUACUAAAGGGACAAACAUUAGACUUCAGCACGUAAAUAUUGCUUCGGGGUAUGAUAGAUAACAUAGUGUGUACAUAUUGGAGGCUGUUCAAUUGCCUUUUUUUUGUGUGAUGUGUGUUUUGCUUAUUUGUUUUCAAGAACUCUUAAUCCUAGAAAUAACCACUGAACAUGUUAUUUGAAAGACAGUGGAAGAAAUAACUAAUACAGACAACAUAUGAAUUUAUGAAUCCCAGAACCUCUCCAUUGUUCAUUAUUUUUUAUUUUAUCAUUAUUAUUCAUCAAUUUUCACAAAAGUGGUAGGCAUUUCCGUUGACUCAUUAAAAUUGCUGGACCUUCUGGUAAGUGCAUUUUUAAAAGUUUACUUUUUAUGUUAGUUUUCUCCUAGCUUGUGUUAUCAGGUCUCCUGUCUGUUACUGUACAUUUAUGUUAUUAAAAUUGACAAAGUUUUAACCCCUA